ACUGACUGACACACGGCAACUUUCGAACAGGAAACCUAUCAGACUCGGUCCGCCUGUCCUUUUCUCUGUCUUUGCGGGACCUUGAUUGACAGGUGCAAGCCUCCUCCUGUUGCGGUAUGGACGCCGAAGAUGCCCACUUCGGGUGGGGUUUUUCUGGGGCUCUGUGCUCUAACCCAGCCAUGAGCAUCAUCGGGGCUGAGGAUGAGGACUUCGAGAAUGACUUGAAGGAAGGGAAGGCAGGGGAAGACCUGAACUCACACUUCAACAACAUAGAUCAUUUGAGGGAACACCCGGCCCACCUGCUGGUCUUCAUGCAACAUGUCAUUCUACAGUUUGACCCUGCGCCACUGCUGUGUUACCUUCAUGCUGACCUCUUCAAGACCCUCAAUGCCAAAGAGACCAAGAAGCAGUUUGUGGAGUUCUGCAACACCUUCUGUGAUAAGGGUGCUAUUCUCAAAGUGCAAACAUCACCUACUUUUCCUUAUGAUUUAGACCGGAUUCGACUAGAUUUGGGCAACGAGGACAUCCUAAGGCGCUAUGUUCAGGAUCUCCAGGGAACGCUGGCUGCUGAAGUGGCGAACCAGCUUGACGACUUUAGGCAGAAGAGAAUGAUGGGCAUGACCCCUUGUGAGUCUGAGCUGAUGGAUGUGGAGAACCACCAUUCCACCGACCGCAUCCCUACGGAGAUGAAGGAGAAGUCUGUAGCUGAGGUCAUGCUGGAAAAGAUGUCUGAGACACAACUUACCAUUGUCGCGGACGAGGAAAAAUGCCAAUCCAUCUUUUCGGCGGUGGCCUUCUACAUGAAGCACCUCGGGGUUAAAACUAGGACAGUUGACAGUAAGAAGUCCAGAGGAGGCUUCUUCAGGAGUAAACUGGUAAAGAGUAAGAAGGAUGAAUCCACUAAGACCAAGCAAAGGGGGGGCUUCCCCAGCAUCCCCUGGAUUGGAAGCAACCCUGAGGUCAAACCUAAAACGGAAACUGAAGUGGAUAAGGAGAAAGUCAAUCAGGAGCGUAAAGGUCCAGUUCCCAGCAGAUCCUCCUUGACCGACCCUACAGCCCCUUCCCUCGGCAGCAGGAAGUCAUGUUCUGGUGGAGGCCUCCCCUCCCUGCCUGGGUUAGACGUCAGCGAUUGCUCAGGGAACAACACCAGCAUGACCAACAACCAAGAGUCUUUACACACCGAUGAUCUCUCAAGCAUUCGCUUAGAGCCUCCAACCUUAUCAGUCCGGGGUGAUACGACCCCUGUUGGGCUGGCAGGUGGGCUGACUGUUGGGGAGCCUGUUACACCCAGCGACACUCCCACAGAGGAGAAUCUGGAGAAAGACAGUUUUGAAGGGACAAAUUUAGUCCCUGAGGGUCCCGGCCCGUCCCCUACCAGUCCCUCCCCACACCUGGAAGAGGUAGACCCGCGCUUCGCAGAGUUAGAGCAGGACCCGCCCAACUGGAGGGAGCUGGCCUCCCCUGAAGCCCUGUCCAAACUCAGCAAGAAGGAGACCAAGAGACAGGAGGUCAUCAAUGAGUUGUUUGCUACAGAACAUGCCCAUGUGCGGAUGUUAAUUGUCCUUCAGACGGUCUUCUCCAGGCCAUUGGAGAAAGAGGAGCUCCUAUCUACCCAUGAGACUGACGCCAUUUUCCCAAGCCUUGAUGACAUCAUUGAAAUGCACAGUACCUUCUAUGAGAACCUGAAAAAACUGCGUUUGGAAGAAGGCUAUAUAGUCAAAUCCAUCAGCACCACAGUACUCAACAGAUUUGGUGGUACAGAGGGGGAGUGGUUUCAGAAACUGACAGCUCGAUUCUGCAGUCACCAGUCAUGGGCCCUGGACCAGAUCAAGAGCAGGCAGAAGAAAGAUCCACGCUUCAACUUAUUUAUACUGGACGCGGAGAGUAGGCGUGAAUGCCGCAGGCUGCAGCUCAAGGACAUAAUUCCAAUAGAGAUGCAGAGACUGACCAAGUACCCGCUGCUGCUGGAGAAUAUUGCUAAGAACACAGAGGACUCGUCAGAGAGGGAGAGCAUCCAGCAGAGUGCAGAGUGCUGCAGAAAGGUCCUCGACCAUGUCAAUGAGGAGGUCAAAGUGAUGGAGAACCUAUUGACUCUGAAGGACUACCAGCGCAGACUGGACACAUCAGGGCUCAAACCAAGCACUGACCUUUAUACUGAAUAUAAGAACAUUGAUCUGACUCAGAAGAUAAUGCUUUAUGAAGGCCCUCUGACUUGGAGAAUCACCAAGGAGAAGACUAUUGAGGUGCAGUGUGUGUUGCUUGCGGACAUGCUGGUGCUCCUUCAGAAGCAGGACGACAAGAUGGUCCUCAAAUGCCAGAGCAAGAGUAACAUAGCCGUGCAGGAGGGCAAGCAAAUGCUGAGCCCAAUUAUCAGGCUGGACUCAGCUUUCCCUCGUGAGGUGGCCACAGAUCGAAAGGCCUUUUAUGUGAUAUUUACCUGGGACAGCGGUGCUCAGAUCUACGAACUGGUGGCUCAGUCUGUUGGCGACAGGAAAACCUGGACUGAAGUGAUAAAGUCAGCAAUGGAUGAUCUGAAGAAGAGUGGAGCACCUAUGAAGUUGGCACUGCCUCCUGGAGGUGCUGUAGGUGUCACUCCUGCCCCGCUCAGUCCAUCAAUCCCGGACCCUCUGAGCCCGAAGACGCCUAUCCCUCUGAGCCCGACUGAGAAUGGAAGUUUAAAAAGCAGCAGCAGUGAUCGAGAUAAGGACAGCUUGCCGGGUGACAAGUCGACAAUCCAUGAGAAGGUGGCUGAUAGUGCUUUGGAUGAAGUCAUGUCGCUAAAAAGGCUGUUGAUCAGUCGCAUCAGUCUAUCAGAGAACUCGCAAAAUGAUGGAGAAAAUGGAGAGGAGCAAUCAGAAAAGCCAAGUCAAGAAAUGGAUAGCUGUCAAUCAACAGAAGAACACAUUCAGACCACAGACAGAGCAGCAGAGGAGGAGAAUGAUGACUCUUGUGAGAAAGAAGUUGCAGAGACGGAUGGAGAGGAAGAGAAGAGCAUCAGUGCACCCCUGGUGUUGUCCCAGGAACAGAUGGAGGAAGUGCGCAGGAGGCUUCAAAGUCUGGAGGAAAAAAUAAAGAGACUACAGACUGUAGAAGAAGACCACCACAGGCUGCGGGAGUCACUUUCCAAGUUCACACAAAUUGGGGGUGUCUUCCAGUAAGACACCAUCACACCACCUGCUGGCCAGUAUAGAUUCUUACUGGUGCUGGUUUGGAGUGCAAGAGUGACUUUCAGAGGUUUUUCUAAACCCUCAUAAGUCAUGCCUGGACCCUCGCUGCAUUAUUUGUGUCCCAGCUUUUUGCAGCCAUGCAGGAAAACAGUCUGCCUGACGGAGGGGGUAGGGAGGGCUUUGUGGACAGUGCAGUGGUUCAGUGAUGAAACAUGGGAGGUGUGUGCAUGUGUAUGUGUGUCUGUUUGCGUGCAUGCUUGUCAGAGAGGUAUACAAAGAAAACAAGAAAAAAAAGAGACAUCCUACUUUUGAGUGGGAUUUUGUUUUUGCAGAAAGGUGCCCGCCCCCCCAAAAAAGAAGCAAUAUUUUGCCGUGAGAGAGAUGCUGCUUAACAAAAUGUAGUGAUUGUGAUCUGCUGUAACACACAUACGCACACCAGGGAAAUGCUCGCUAGGAAAUAUUUACAUUAUAGCCAAAAGCCGAUAAAUCAUAUGUUUGCCUGCUAAGUUGUACCAGGCAGAAACCUUAAGGGGCCAAAGUAGCUUUUGAAGAAGUAUUGAAAUACUACUGCUGAUAUACUGUAUGGUAUUAUAUGUAGUCUAUGCCAAAGUACAACCAGAGAUGCACUUUUUUUCUGAUCAAAACUAGUUCUAAACACCCUGUAUUUUGUGAAAUGUAUUACUUUUACUCUAUAUUCAGUAUAGUUUUUGAACAGUUCAUAUAGGCGGCCCUCAUUUUGGAAACUGCAUGCAUUUAAGUGUGUGUAUGUGUGUUACAAAGUUUUUAAUUAAGAACAGUUUGUUGGAGGGUUCUUACUGUAAUUACGUCACAUAGAAACAUUUAUAAAAAUUGGCACUAUAGCUAAUCAUGCUGUUAAUAAUGGAGUCUUGUUUGUAUUUACUGCUUUUAUUUAUUCCUCUGAGUCCUGUUGGGUCAGUGAGUUGCCUUCACCUGAGUGAAACUGUUACAGCACUGGGGAUAAAAAAAGAUAAGAGCAAUGUGCGAGAGAUGGACAAGACACACACACAAAAAGGCAAACUUAAGAAUGUGAAAUAGAGAUGAAGGGAAGGUAGUGAGUGAAGAAAGAGUGAUUUAAGGACGGGGAGUGAGUUUAGAGGUUGUUGUUGUUGAUUUGGUUUAUUUAAAGCCAGCUCUCUCCGUCCCGAGGAAGGAAGAAAAAGCAGAAUUUGCGUAUGUCAGUGUACACAAAUACACACAGAUGAUUCACACUCAUACACCACCAAGCACUGAGGGCCAAGUGCUACAGAGGUGUUCACAAAGGUCGCUCAGUGCCAGCAUCACUUCUGCUAGCAUGUUUGAUUGAAAUUUUUGCUGUGUCAGCUUCCCCUAGUGAAGAUUUACAGCUCCUGAUCCAAAACACAGACUUUAGACGGGGUUAUGAAUUGUAUAUGACGUUAGAUACAUGUGUUAUUAGUAAACGAUUCUAUUCUUCCCUGGUAGCAAUAUUUGUAUCAAAAUUGAGCUCUGUCUUUGUAUUUUAUUCAGCAGUUGAUUGUAAUUAUAAUUAUGACAAUAUAAUUUACGAGAAGUGGCAUAACUGUGGCCGUGCACACAGGACCAAAGACGUAACAAUGCACCGUUGGAUCUUCAUUCUUCAUGACAUGCCUCACCUGUAUAGAUGAUCGCUGAUGCAGCCUGCAGCCAGCUGCUUUUACUCUCUCCAAACUCCCAACAUGUCAGCUUAAGUGAAGGGAUUUCAAAAGCACAUAGAAGAAUGAAGCAUUAGUUGUCAUGAAAAAAAAAACUGGUUUUGAUUCUCUGAUGAAUGUAAAAGUGAACACCAAGAUGAAGAAUGUUAGAUUGCCCUUGCCUUAUUAUGACCAAACUCGCUUACACUUAAAGGGUGAAAGGAAUGCUUUCAUUAGCAAAUAUUAGUGGAAAAGUUGUCUACAGUACCUGUUUGUGUGAGUAAAAGCCAGUGUGACUGCCACAAACUCUGCUGUUCUGACCUGGAUAGAGGACUUGAGACCAAGCACUGAUAACCCCUCUGGUACAACACAUGGGACCCGUUACAGAAGCAGAAAAGGACAAGACAAUGAAGUCAGAUAAAGAUACAAAGGAAACAUAGAAGGCUUGGAAGAAGGAAAGCUGCAGACUCAUUCCGACACCGCUCUUAACAGUACUGUAAUCAUGAUCACUUCCUGAUAUGCAUUCUCAAUGUUGUUGCCACAACAACAAAAACCCCCUCUGACCCUACUGAACCUCAGUAUGAAAUUAUGCAAAUCAUGGUGCCAAAAGUCAUUUGAGUGUCACAAAUUUCUAAAUAAGUUCAUGUUUGAACAUUACUGCCAUGUGUUCCUGCGUCCCCCUCAUAGAAACUGUACAUAAAUGUUAGAUUAAAGGAAAAAAAUGUUUUUAAAAAAAGUAAAAAAAAAGGUCCCCCUCAUGUUUUUUUAAAGCGUGUUCGCUACAUUCACCUCUUAAUAACACCCUCACCUCUUGUAAUAGUAUGAUCACCUCUCCUACCACACAGCUUUACAAUAUGUUGUGUAUUUCAUUUGAUUUACUUUAACGGGUUGGGGAGGUUUAUUUUACUUUUCUUUCUUUUUUUUGGGUCAUUGUGUAUCAAAAAGCUUUUGUAAUUAUGUACUAUGCAUUCGACUGUAACGGUGAGAGAGACGGGUCUUGUCUGUAACUUGUCUUCGCAUGAAUGAGUUGAACAAUUAUUCAAAUAUUGUUUGACAUGACAUUGUGUUUGCUCUGUCUGUGCCAUGGCUCUCCAGUUUACCAAUGGGAAACAUUUAAAGACAUCAUCUCAUCCAGGGAUUUUUUUUUUUUUUAGUUGUUAAAGUGCAGCAGGUGAAACCCAGUUAACGACAGCUUCCAGUGAUACUUUCACUCUUCACUUUGCUGAACGACUACCACAGGCACUUACUGCUCUCUCUCGUCCAGAUGCUUCCCUCGUUUAUUCUGUAUACAAAAUACUGAGCUGUAUAGAAAAUGUAUUUAUAGAUUGGUGCCUUGCUUUGACAAUCAAGUUGUUUUCUUCAUAAAGGGCUCUUUAAGUCUACAAACACAAUCACUUGUUAUGGUUUGGCUGUCUUUCACAGAGGACGGUGAAAUUGACCUCAGAGAGUGCGAGACAAUGACCAGAUUGCUAAUAAGAACUGCAAAAUCAUCCCAGGAAUUUGGUUUUUGUGUCCAUCUCCAUUACAGCAAUAGGAUUUGAGCCCUCCACCAACUCUGCCAGCCAGUCAUUGCCCUGUGUAAAAAAGACACUGCUCCUUGUCAUACAGGCAUCUGCUAUCUUGUUUAUCUAUAAACGAUGAAUAUAAAAGAACUAUACUGUGUAUUUGGGUUUUGAUUUUAUUGUGUAAGAGGCUCUUUAAUUAUGUAUACUUAAGAAAAUUUCUGGUACGUUUUUUAAUUCUUCAUUUUUUUUUAAUAAAUUGGGGAAA